GGGAGGGUGGAUGAGCUCUGCGGCCAGUGGUGUUGGGCUCACUAGCAACUGUGGGCCGAGACAUCCUAUUAAUAUGCAUGCAUGGGUAUGCACAAGGUAUUGUGUGCAGCAGUGGGUACGACGGAUUUUCCCCAAUAAGUAUAAAAGGCAUGAACGGGAGGACAAGCAAUCCUCCUACUUAUCAGAUCAAAGCCUACACACCCACCAUUUUAGUUCCCAUUUUUUUUUUCUUUCCUUUGCAAAGUGAAGAAUAUUUCCAUAUAUUUCAAAUCAAAAUUCACCAGCUAUAAGAAAAAUAAAUCAACAGAUUCCAAUUUCAGUGUCUCUAUAUAUUCCACACACCGCCAGACUUCUCCAAUUCUCUCUCUCUCUCUCUCUCUCUCUCUCCCUCUCCCUCUCUCUCUCUCUCUCUAGGAUACCCCUUUCGUAUGUUUGGUGCGCAGGUUUGUAUAUUGUAAUCAAUAUUGGAGAAUUGAAGGAACAAAGACAGAAGGGAAAAAUAAGGAGGGCCCUUUGGAGGAGGAUGAACAUGCCCUCGGUUCUUAUUGUGCCUCCUCUCAGAUCUUAGCUUUUCUCAAGAUUUCACAUCUUGGGUCUCUUCAAUCGGGCGUUUUGAAUUCUUGGUGAAUUGAUCGAUGAACGAUCCGAUGUUUCUGUGUUGAAUCCAAAAGAUAAUCUGUUUUCUAUCUGACAUAAUAAUUUGUGGGUCUCUCGUCAUCUUCAAGAAAAUGCAAUCUGAUCUUGGCAAGUUAUUUGUUGGUGGAAUAUCGUGGGACACUAAUGAAGAGCGAUUGAAAGAGUAUUUUAGUACUUAUGGGGAGGUGGUAGAAGCAGUAAUUAUGAAGGAUCGUACUACGGGUCGCGCUCGUGGAUUUGGUUUUGUGGUAUUUGCUGACCCAGCUGUUGCCGAGAGAGUCAUUAAGGAAAAACACAACAUUGAUGGUAGAAUGGUUGAGGCGAAGAAGGCUGUUCCAAGGGAUGACCAGAAUACUCUGAUGAGUAGAAACAUUGGUAGCAUUCAUGGUUCUCCCAGUCAAGGCCGCACAAGAAAGAUAUUUGUAGGAGGUUUAGCAUCCACAGUUACAGAAGGUGACUUUAAGAAGUACUUUGAGCAGUUUGGGACAAUCACAGAUGUUGUGGUAAUGUAUGAUCACAACACGCAAAGGCCGAGAGGCUUUGGGUUUAUAACAUAUGAUUCAGAGGAAGCAGUGGAUAGAGUUUUGGUCAAAGCAUUCCAUGAACUGAAUGGUAAAAUGGUUGAGGUCAAACGAGCAGUCCCCAAAGAGUUAUCACCAGGUCCCAGCCGUAGCCCGCUUGGUGGUUAUAACUAUGGUCUGAGCAGAGUCAAUAGCUUUCUCAAUGGCUACACUCAGGGAUAUACACCGAGUGGAGUUGGAGGCUUUGGACUUAGGAUGGAUAGUAGAUUUAAUCCAAUAGCUGGUAAUCGAAGUGGGUUUCCUCCAUUUGGUUCUGGUUAUGGUAUGGGUUUGAAUUUUGAGCCUGGAUUAAGCCCAACUUAUGGGGGAAGUGCAAACUUCAAUAAUAAUCUCAGCUAUGGACGGGGAUUGAACCCUUAUUACAUGAGUAAUUCAAAUAGGUUUGGUAGUCCUGUUGGGUUUGAUGGUGGUAAUGGAGGAAGCACUUCUUUGUUUAGCUCAGCAACUCGAAAUUUGUGGGGAAAUGGAGGGAUUAAUUAUGGCACCAACUCUGCAAGUUCCAGUGCUUUUGUUGGGUCUGGAAGUGGGGGCAUUGGUGGUGGCAGCUUUGGCAGCAGUGGGGUUAAUUGGGGCGCUUCACCCAUUUCAGCCCAAGGUGGAGGAAAUGUCUCUGGUCAUAGUGGGAAUCUUGGCUAUGGAAGUGGGGAUAACACUUAUGGUUUGGGAGUGGGAGGGUAUGGAAGGAACACUGCAACCAGUGUUGCUCAAACACCAUCAUAUGCCGCAUCCAAUGGUGGAUAUGAUGCAGCCUUUGGUGACUUUUAUGGUGGUGCAUCGGCUUAUGGGGACAACACCUGGCGAUCAGAAAAUUCUGAGCGGGAUGGAUCUGGUUCAUUUGGCUUUGGCCUUGGCAAUGCAAGUUCAGAUAUUUCCAAUAAAAAUUCGCCUGGUUAUGUUGGUGGUUAUAGUGUUGCUAAGAGACAGUCAAAUAGAGAAAAUAUGAGUUUCAGUUGAUGAGUUGAUCUUGAGCUGAUGCAAUUGGCAAUGCAGACCAAAGAUGCAUAGGAGGAUCAUUACUGGAUGUGAAGAGAUCAUUGUAGGUGAAGAAAAAUCUGGUGCAGCAAUUGAACUGUGAAUUUCUCACAUUCCCCUCAGUUAAUAUGUUUCAGUUUAAACUAAAAACAAAAAUCAGUUUUCUAGAGCUAACUGGCGUGUCUGUUUUGAAGAGUUAAAAGACUUAGAGGUUACAAGGGAUUUUGUGUUAAGGCUUGAGUUUUGAAAUUACAGCUUUAGGUUUCUCGUUUUUGGCAUUUGAGUGAGAUGUAAAAUCUGAUUGCGGGAUAUAGUCAGGAAUGUAUCAUGCAUCUCUGGUGAGGCGGCUACACAUAAAGAUAGACAAUGAUUUUUUUUAGUUACCUAUUUCCUGCUGUAAUGCCUCCGUCGGGUAUGAUAUUCCCCCAUUCAUUGGGUUUUGUUUUCCUUUACAGAUUGUACCAGAGGUUCUUGGUGAUUUACUAGUGUGAAAUGUUUGAGGGAUACCCAGCUAGGGUUCCCAUGAAUAAGUUUUACCAUGUGCUUAAUUCUUUUUUCAUGAGAAUGCAUUAGUUGAUGUUUUCUUUGGCUGUGAAAUUCAAUAUAUGAUGGAAUAAUUUU